AUGAAGCGGGUGGAAUCCAAGCAUACAUUCGUGCUUUACAAGGCCUUGUGUUGGAACUGUUGCUUUGUCUUCGGUUCCACUUGCUUGCCAAAAGUCCGCGGCUCAGCCCGUUCGGGUUGUAUAACUCCCAAUUCAAUAUCACCCGGGCUCGGAUUUCCCGAAAACUCAAUUCUGGAGACCACUUUACCUGCAUAUUCCCCGAAAAGAGGUAUCGCUGCAGAGUUGACCUUCCGGAUGAAGGUGUCCUUCUACUACGUCGAGUAA